AUGGGCUUGUCUGCACAUGUACUCGAAGCUCCCCAGACAGUGAUCGGCUAUGGCAUGCAUGAUUGCGAUAAAAGGAUCGAGGUUCAUGUUGGAGCUGGUCAAACCGAUAGGCUUCUCAAAUUAUCAAAUCGGAAAUCUCAAUUGCUCAGCUCAUCAAUGGCACCGCCUCAUUUCAGUCUUUCCAAUUGGACCUUGAUUGCAGAACACUGGGAAACACCUACAAACAGGAGCGACGCCUCGGUGAUUUCCGAGAAGCACAACGCCACGAACAAUCUCCACAAGCUCGUUUCUUGGAAGUCCAUCCAGGGAUUUCAGAACGCAUCCGGAGUUGGGUAUUAUACCACCAAACUCACCUGGCUUCCUGCAAGUAACGUCAAUGUGACAGCCGAUGGCGCAUACCUUAAAUUACCCAAGGUGACACACGCACUGCGUGUUGCGGUCAAUGGAGAGUACCUCCCGCCUGUCGAUUACAAUGCGCCACGAAUGGACAUUUCCAAAUAUUUGCACACAGGCCAGAACGAGAUACUCGCUGUUGUUCCAACUACGAUGUGGAAUUACAUUCGAAGUAUCUUCCUUGAUAUUACGAACGGUGGCGUGAGUUCGUAUCUGGUUCAAGCUGGCAGCUCCUAUUGGCCAUCUAUGACUGAUAAUGGGCUCAUUGGAAAUGAGGAAGUGGAUCCAAUUGUGAAGUUGGAGAUUGAACUAUGA